AACAGGAUGACUAAACAAUAUGAUCCACAUAUUUACAGAAACAUGAAUGAUAUAAAUCUUUAAAGCCUUAAAAAUGUAGUAAACCAACUCAUCUGUUAGAAACAUAUUUUCAAAUGACACACUAGUGUGAAUAAGAAAGUGUCUUUACACAACUCAUUUGUGCUUCAUGUAAUCAGUCUGAUGUGUCAUUAACCUGGCUUUAUGUUUUAUUAACGUUAUCAUAUUACAGCCAGAUAAAGCAGCGGUGUAAAACCACGACAGGGACCACUGUGGAGUCUCAUUUCUUUAUUUAUUACCUGUAUUUUCUAAAUGUUCUGCUAAAGGACAAAACAUCAGAGACACUGAAACUCUUCUGCUGUGAAAUUAAAAAAAACUUCAGUCAUUUUACUCGAUUCAGUCACAUAAUGAGGACUGCCGUCUCCUGGAGCUGAUGAAGACCAUGAGAGGUGGUUGAAAGUCCUUGAAACAUUUCAGUGAGUUGACCUUGACCAGCAGAGUUUAUGACCAUGUAAUCUAUUUAAAUCUAAAUGUACAGUUGCAUUAAUCUGUCUGUUCUGUGUACAGAGGAUUAAGUUAUUACAUACGGCUUCAUUUUUACCUUUAAACCUCCACAGAGAAAACUGGACUUUCUUUUAUCUGAAAAGCUUUAGUUACUUUUCAGAAAAGAUUUUACAGAAAACAGAUGAAACCAAGCGGCCCAGCCACAGCUAUUUAACGUGUGAAUUCUUGAGCUAUGCCCUGUUUGGUGAGGUCACAGAGACCUUGACCUUUGACCUCUGACCUCCAAAAUCUAAUCAGUUCAUCCUUGAGGUGAACGUUUGUGUCAAAUGUGAGGAAACUCAGUGCAGGUGUUUGAGAUAUCUGAGACUGAGACGUGAUGAAGUAACAUGACUCAGGAUCAAUGAUCUGAUCAGGUCAGAUAUUAGUUUUAUUUUGUUUCUGAUGAUACUUUAUAUAUAUAUAUAAAUAUAUAUGUUGAAUCCAGGACUUUGACUUUGUAACGGAGAACCUGCUGUGAAACAGGGCUGCCUGUCAGCUCGACAGAUUAGUGAUGGAUGAACUGUCUAUCAGACUAACGGUCUGAUAAGGAUCCAUUAGUUCCCUGCGUCCAGUCGAAGGUCUCGUCCUUCGCAGCAGAUCAGCAGAUCUCUAUCACACACAGUUACACAUUAAACUGACAGGUGUGCUCUCAGGUGAAGCCUCGCUCGGACGCAGUCGGUCAGAGUGAAGAUGAAGAUGAGGUUAGAGCUCGUCCUGGUUGUCACGGUGGCGAUCUGUGCUGCCGGGAAGCCGCUGAGCAAGGCAGAGGGCAGGAACAAGCUGCUGCUGAUCUCCUUCGACGGCUUCAGGUGGGACUACGACCAGGACGUGGACACGCCCAACCUGGACCGGCUCGCUGUGGACGGGGUCAAAGCCAAGUACAUCACCCCCCCGAUGCUGACCAUGACCUCACCGUCCCACUUCACCACCAUCACCGGCAGAUGGGUGGAGGACCAUGAAGUCGUCCACAACAUGAUGUUUAACACCAAGACGAACCAGAAAGUUCCUCACAAACAGACGCUGACCAGGUCAGAGUGGUGGGACAACGGAGCUCUGCCGUUAUGGAUCACAGCUCAGAACCAGGGUCUGAAAACUGCUUCCUUCUUCUUCCCGGGAGGUGGAGCCAACUACAGCGGCCAGGCGGUGAACCGAGUGCUGGUGGAGAUGCCGGGCCACCUGGACGACAAUGAGACAGAGUGGCGUCAGAACAUCGACACGGUGAUGAGCUGGUUCACUGAGGAGGACUUCAACCUGGUGACGCUGUACUACGGCGAGCCCGACAACGUGGGCCACGCCAAGGGCCCAGAUCACCCAGACAGGAAGGCCAUCAUCCGGCAGAUAGACCGCACCAUCGGCUACCUGAGGGAGGCCAUCGAUCGGCACCACCUGACCGACACCCUGAACGUCAUCAUCACCUCUGACCACGGCAUGACCACCAUCAAGAAGCGACCGCUGGUGGACGAGAUCAUCCUCAACAAGUACCUGAAUCUAAUCAAGCUCGCCAGCUUCGAGAUCCUCGACUACGGUGGGUUCGGUAUCCUGACGCCACGGCCAGGGAAGGAGCAGGAGGUUUUCGACGCUCUGUCCAACGCACCCAAUCUGACAGUCUUCAAGAAGAACGAGAUGCCCGAGAGCUUCCACCUUGGCAACAGCAAGAGGUUGCCUCCGAUCGUGAUCGUCGCAGAUCUGGGAUUCAACCUGAACUCUAGAUUCAUCGUCUACGUCAACAAAGGAGAUCACGGCUUCCAUAACGGAGAGAUGGACAUGAAGACCAUCUUCAGGGCGUUUGGACCCGACUUCAAGACGAACUUCCUGUCUGAGCCGUUCGACAGUAUCCACAUUUACCCUCUGAUGUGUAAACUGCUGCAGAUCGAACCGGCGCCGCACAACGGAUCGCUGGCUGUGACCGAGAAGAUGCUGCUGCACAGCGGUGGAUCACAGAGAGCUCAGGUGUCUGUGGCUCUGCUGCUGCUGCUCAUGUUCGCUGUGCUGUAACAGAUCCAGGAUCAGCCUCCAUCACCUCAUCUGAAACAUGUGGUUUUAAUCUCAUGUGUUCUGACGUCAUAAGAUUAUGUCUAAGUGAAUUAUUAUUGGUCAUAUUUAUACAGAAUACUAACUUAUAAUCACAUACUUUUCUAUUUUAUUUGUUUGUGACUAAUUUACUGGUUUUAACUGAUGCAGAUUUCUGAAAUAAAUUUGAAGAUUUAAUGAUUUGAAGUUUUUCAUUUUGUAAAUAAAAUGAAGUUUGUGUGUUAACUGUU